GAAAUUCCACACUCACACACACACACACACUGUUUGGAAAAGAAGUACAGGACAUGAUGUCACAGGAGCGAAGGCAGCUGAUUGGACAGCAGAUUCCCGGGCAGCUGCUAUAAAACCUGAUAUGAAGCCACGAGAAGACGAGACAACACAGAAAGACAGAGAGAUACAGAGACGCUCCUCCUCCUCGUCUUCAUAGAGUCCACUGCACACUCAAGAUGACGUCCUGCAGCUGUCUGCUGUUCACCUGCCUGCUGUUCAUCACUGUGCUGCACUGCAGCGUCAACAGCUUCAGAGUCCAACAUCAGGUUAGACACACACACACACACACACAUCCUAUCAAAUCACUGAAGCAGCCAAACCGCGAAACAGCCCCUCCCCUCAGCCCACGGGCAGACAGGAAGUCAGCCUGUCGGGGUCAUGAUGUAAGAGGUGAUGGCGUCUUGACAAAAUCAGAAAAAAAAAAAAAAAAGAGUUUGCUAACUCUGUACUUGGUCUGUGUGUCGCAGCAUGUGGACCGGUCCUUGUUCAGGCCUCUUGUGGCUCUGAGACCUAAUCCUGCAGGAGUGAAGAGGGAACGGGGAGCGGCGAAGCUGCUGCGGAUGGACGACCUGGUGAGGAUGGAGAACGAUGUCAUGGAGCCAAAAAGAAAAAGGAGUUUCCCUGGCAACAGCUCACCACUGGACCGCCUGUCAGUCAGCUCCAUGGAUAGCAAACAGCCAACAAACAAGCAGAGCAAAGUCGUGGAGUUGCCACGACGACGAGUCAACCCUCCGCCCAUUGACAGAAUUGGCAUGAGUCGUCUACCAAACAGAGGAUAGGCAGCGACUGAUCCAACAGAGAGCCUGGCCCUCUCAGUAGCUCUCCCCUCUGACCUGAUUAUCCAGCACUGACACAUUUUGACAAAGCCAGUCACAGACUGGCAGUAACCUGCUAGAACACGCCCCCUUACCUGCACAUCACCUGUCGUUCACAUGUCUAAGGCCCCUCACAGCAAUGAAUGUUCCAUAAUGAUGCAUUCAGGUGCUGUUCUGUACAUUUAUUUUACGCAGGACCAUCAGGACCAAAGAAAGAUUUUAUGAGACAAUGAAAGGCUUUUCUAUUCACACCUGAUCCAAUUCCAGGUCAGGGUUCACCGCUACACAAAGUCUUAAGACCAAACAGAUAAAAACACAGCAUUAACUGAUAUUCACAUUUAUUUACAUUUAACAGUGUGACUGUGUGAGGAGUCGACCCAGAGUUAAUUGGACUGUGUGAUGAAAAAGUUGUUCAAAAGUUCCUGAUUAACUAAAAAUUAGCAUGUUAGCUGAAAAGAUAAACGCCAUCCGAGAAACAGCUGAAUAUUUGAAAAACACCCCAAAUAUAGAAGCAAACUGAGAGCCUACCUUUGUUUCAGUGGGUUAACAUUAAGGAUGCACUGAUCGUGAAAGUCCUGGGCCGAUACCAAAGUUUUUUCUUUUGUUAUUUAUGCCCUCUUCAGAGCCACAGAAACAUUACUGAACUGUUCUAAAAGUCUUUCAGCUCUUUAUUACACUAUUCUUGAAUGAGCACAAAUUCAAUUAGACAAAUGUAUAAAACCUUUAAUGUCAAUUCAGUUGACAUUUAAGGAUCAAUUCACAUGACAAGGUUUUUUCUGAAGAAUAACUUUAAAAACCGCUUUCAGACUGCUAACUGAUCAAUGAGAAGAUGUUUUCCUGUACUCCACAACAAAAUACACCAAGUGUAAAUGUAAAAACAAUCUGAAAAUAAUUAAAAUGUAUUACUAAGAUAAAUAUUGCUACUUUUCACUUUGUUCAUUUUCUUAUACUGAAUACAACAUUUUUUAACAGGCUGGAACUUGGACCAUCUUUAUAAAACAACACUGGACUGUUUCCAGUUUUUUUUGACAGUGAAGGUAUUGACAUUAAGGUUGUCAGUCAGUGUGGUUGCCAUGGCCAUUGUUCCUGAGGAAGGUGGGUGGAGGUGUGGGUAUGCAUGUGUAUGGGUGGUGUGGAGACAUAGCGAGAGAGACAGAGAAAGAGAAAGAGAGAGAGCGAAAGAGAGCGGAGGUAGGAGUUUUGCACAGUGAAUAUUACGAGUUGUUAUGUUGUUUCGGUGUUGACUACAGCCUAGAUUCACUUGGUAAUCAUUUUGUGCCCAGGAAUGGCAUACAAUUGUUUUUCAAAAUUGUAUCUUUUUUUGCAUGCUUCUCAUUAAAUAAGGGCAUUUAAAAAACAAUUUUUGAAUUAUUUUUUUAAAACAUUUUUAUCAAGAUCUGAACCUUUUGUGUAAUUUUUCUGGUCAAAUGCUAAUACAA